CGUUGGGGGUGGGGGUGGUUUCGGGGAAGAGGAAAGAAGCAGUGGGAUGGAAGUAGUUAGGUGUCAGCAGCACGGGACCAUAUGUUUUCUGAAGACCGGCGUCCGAGAUGGCCCGAAUAAAGGAAAGAGCUUCUACGUGUGCCGGGCGGACACAUGCAGCUUCGUGCGGGCCACCGACAUUCCUGUUUCUCAUUGUUUAUUGCAUGAGGACUUUGCAGUAGAGCUUCAGGGUCUGUUUCUAUCACAGGGCAAGAAAGAAUACAGGUUAUUCUUCCGAUGUGUUAGAAGUAAGGCAGAGGGGAAGCAAUGGUGUGGAAAUAUCCCAUGGCAGGAUCCUAAUUCCAAAGAACAUUCUGUAACCAGUAAGUCUCAGCAUACCUCUGAGACAUCUCGUUAUCCUUCCAGCCAGCAGAGAAACCCGUUCAAGUUAGUUGACAAGAAUCAAGAACCAUCCCUCCGGAAGCAAUUCAUCAAAGGUGAAGAUGAGGAAAAGACAGCUGAUAAGAAGCAAAGGGAAAAGAGAGAUCCACUCCUGGAUCAAAAGAAGGAACAGAAGCCUGAAUCUAAGUGCUGGAUGGAGAAAGAUCUCUCAUCUGGCCUGGUGGUAAAGGAAAAACAAUCUGCUGUUCAAGAGACUCAGCAAGGGGAGAAGACAGAGUUUCAUAGUGCCGCAAAGGAGGUUGAAGGGAUGCACAAAAGAAACCUUUUUGAGAUGAAAUCCAAACAGGUCCGUGGGAAUGAGCUGAGAGAACCAUCUGCAUCUCAGGAGAAGUCAAAUGGUGAGAGUCAUUCUGUCCAAAAAGAAUCAGAACCUCCAAAGGAAAAAGAAACUAAGCCUUUGCCUCGAAUUGUUCACAGUCAACAUCCAAUAAGCCAACCCCUGAAAGGGGGACACCUCAGCAAGGAGCACCCCAAGAGCUGGGAGGCUAGAGAAACAAAGGCGAAGAAUGACCCAAGCAUGCAGACCCUCCAUAAAAGUCUGCUCCAGGGCCAUUUGCAGGCACAGCCGGAGACCCGGGACACGCCUGCUCCAAAGGGACCGGCUGCUCAGCCUGCACCGCUGGCUGCAGGGCAUCCCCAGGGAGAGAGGCGAGAUGCCGAUACAAGCUGUGGUGACAGGGAGGAAGAUGAUGUUGUUUUUGUUUCCUCUAAGCCAGGGAGCCCCUUGCUCUUUGACUUGACUCUAGACUCACAGAAGAAGGAGAACCUUAAAUUCCCUGGUCAGAGUGUGCAAAGAAAAAUUUCUCCUGACUCAGGCGUUUCCAAGAAGGGAGAAUCUUCAGACCCAGAAGCCCAACGUGUGUACCUCACAACACAGCUGAAACAAAAGAAGAGCACACUGGCAUCUGUGAACAUCCAGGCUCUUCCAGACAAGGGUCAGAAGUUGUUCAAGCAACUUCAGGAGCUGGAGGAUGCGCUCAGUGCCCUGGCCCUCUCCCCAGAGCAAGGCACUAAUGAGAAGAGUAACACUCAAGUACCACAGCAGAGUAACUUCAUCAAAACGACCAGUGACCCUCCCCACUUGGUGCCUCCCAAACCGCUGCAGGGCCGGGAUCUCCAGCCUCUGGGGUGUCUAGGACUGAAGGCUGCCCACCAGGAGGCUGCUGGAGGGUCUGAUCAGUGCUGUGGAGGUAACCUCGAUUUGUACGCAGGCCCUAUGAGCCAAGGUCGCCUUCGCACAGUGUGGCAAAUCACAAGUGAAGCCAUUGAUGAGCUGCAUCGAUCACUUGAGUCACGUCCUGGCGAGACAGCUGUAGCAGAGGAUCCAGCUGGGUUGAAGAUCCCUUUGCUGCCGCACCAGAAGCAGGCACUAGCCUGGCUGCUAUGGCGGGAAAGUCAGAAUCCACGAGGAGGAAUUCUGGCGGAUGAUAUGGGGUUAGGAAAAACCCUGACAAUGAUUGCACUCAUCCUGACCCAGAAGAAUCAAGAGAAAAACAAAGAAAAGGACAAAACCAAGGCUUUGGCUUGGCUUUCCAAAAAUGACUCCUCUGAGUUCACUUCCCAUGGAACACUAAUCAUCUGUCCUGCUUCCCUGAUCCAUCAUUGGAAAAGUGAGGUGGAGAAACAUGUGAGCAACAACAAACUAAGAGUCUGUCUCUAUCAUGGGCCAAACCGGGAUCAGCGUGCAAAAGUCCUCUCCACAUAUGACAUCGUGGUCACUACCUACAGCCUUCUGGCCAAGGAGAUUCCCACAAAGAAGCAAGAGGGAGAGAUGCCAGGUGCACAGCUCAGUGUGGAGCGUAUCUCAUCACCUUUGCUUCGAGUAGUCUGGGCUCGAAUCAUAUUGGAUGAAGCUCACAAUGUUAAGAAUCCCCGAGUGCAGACUUCCUUGGCUGUGUGUAAACUCCAAGCCCAAGCCCGCUGGGCUGUCACUGGAACCCCCAUUCAGAACAACUUGUUGGACGUGUAUUCACUGCUGAAAUUUCUCCGUUGUUCUCCAUUUGAUGAACUGAAUCUGUGGAGGAGUCAGGUUGACAAUGGUUCAAAGAAAGGAGAAGAACGGUUAAAUAUUUUAACCAAGAGCCUUUUGCUGAGGAGAACAAAAGACCAGCUGGACCCCACCGGCAAGCCCUUGGUGGUGCUCCCCGAGCGUAAAUUUCAGUUGCACCAUUUAAAGCUUUCUGAAGAUGAAGAGAAUGUUUAUAGUGUCCUUUUUGCAAGAUCAAGGUCAGCUCUGCAAUCCUAUCUAAAAAGACAUGAAAGUGGGGGCAGCCAAUCUGGAAGAAGCCCUGAUAAUCCAUUCAGUAGAGUGGCCCAGGAGUUUGGGUCCAGUGGGCCUCAGCUCUCCGUGGCAGCAGACUCGCAGACAUCUAGCACCGCCCACAUACUGUCACAGUUGCUGAGACUCCGCCAGUGUUGUUGUCAUCUUUCUCUACUGAAGUCGGCCCUGGAUCCAAAAGAGCUGAAGAGUGAAGGCCUGGUCCUUUCCCUGGAAGAGCAGCUCAGAGACUUGACCUUGUCCGAAUUCCAUAACUCAGAGCCGUCUGUUUCCCUCAAUGGCAAAUGCUUCAAGGUGGAGCUUUUUGACGACAGGAGAGAGAGCACCAAGAUUUCAUCUCUGUUGGCAGAAUUGGAGGCAAUCCGAAGAAAUUCAGGGUCCCAAAAGAGUGUCAUCGUCUCUCAGUGGACCAGCAUGCUGAAGGUCGUAACCUUACACCUUAAGAGACAUGGACUGACUUACUCCACCAUCGAUGGCUCUGUUAACCCCAAACAAAGAAUGGACUUGGUGGAGGCAUUUAACAAAUCCAGGGGCCCUCAGGUUAUGCUAAUCUCUCUCUUGGCUGGAGGUGUUGGUCUAAACCUGACUGGAGGAAACCAUCUUUUUCUUCUGGACAUGCACUGGAAUCCGUCACUUGAAGAUCAAGCUUGUGACCGAAUUUACCGAGUAGGGCAGCAGAAAGAUGUUGUCAUACACAGGUUUGUUUGUGAGGGAACAGUGGAAGAGAAGAUCUUGCAGCUCCAAGAAAAAAAGAAAAAUUUGGCCAAACAGAUUCUAUCAGGAACUGGAGAAGUUGUCACCAAGCUCACCUUGGCCGAUCUCAAAGUCCUUUUUGGCAUCUAAGUUCCUGUUUAUGGAGCUCAGAAUAGUGCCAUUGUUGGUUUGUAUUAGGAUCUGGGGAGAAUGACCUAACCCUGGUCCUUUGAGCUCUCGCUGGCAUUCAGUUUCACCUUCAAGCCCUCCUCAAAGUGAGGAUCAGUUACCAUGUUAACCACUUGCUUAACCAGUCACGUUAAUCAAUCAACGUAUUUAAUGUGUGACAUAGAAACCAAUAAAUUACUUCAGAUAAGAGAAAAUGCUUUAGAGUUAGAGAAUUUGGAAAACAGCCCUGGGAGAGUUGUACCUAAACUUCAGUAAAAGCUCAAAAAGCCCUCUGUUGCUUUUCUCUUCUCAGCUGGUGGGGACCCAAUGUUACUGCCUUUUCUAACACAGGCUCCAUCCCAUCUCUUCAUCUCCUGCCAACGAGGCUGCUCAUAUAACCAUCUCUUUAUGGGCUGAGCAGAAGCAGCUCUCUGCGUAAUAUGUAGAUGGUUAGUAUUUGUAUCAUCGUAUUAUUUAGAAUUUGGUAUCAUAUCAUUUAGUGUUAUAUUAUUUUAUAUUGCUAUCAUAUGUAGUAUUUGUGCCAUAAAAUUUAAUUUUUGUAUCAUUUUUCUAGUAUUUGUAUUUUUACAAAUUCACAGUAUUUGUAGCAC